AUGGCUCUCACAGAACUCUUGAUCUCGCCCUGGGCACCCCUCGCCCUCGCCGUGGCUCUCGUAGCAUGGUAUAUCCUCCCAUGGAUCAGCAACUCCAACCUCCGCGGUAUUCCCGCACCCUUCCCAGCACAGUUCACCAAUCUUUGGCUACUAUCUACAUGUCGUCGUGGAAAGCGUUAUGAGAUUGUUGAUCAGGUCCAUAAGAAGCUGGGUGUUUUGGUUCGCAUUGCGCCGAACCAUGUUAGCGUUGCUGAUGCAGAUGCUAUCAACACUAUCUACGGACAUGGAAAUGGCUUCCUAAAGGCAGCUGAGCACUCUCGCAAGAGAAAGAUCGUGUCCCAUACUUUCGCGCCCAAGUCUGUUUUGGAGUUUGAGCCCUAUAUCCGACAGAAUCUCGAUAUUUUCAUCAACCAAUGGGAUCGCAUUGCUAGCAACAAGGAUGCUGAUGGAUACGGAAGCGUAGACUGCCUCAACUGGUUCAACUUUCUUGCUUUCGACAUCAUUGCUGAUCUCGCCUUUGGCAAGCCCUUCGGCAUGCUCUCAACUGGUGCCGAUAUCGCGGAGGUCAAGGCCUCCCCCACCAGUCCCACCAUCUACGCCCCAGCCGUCGAGAUCAUGAACCGCCGCGGCGAAGUCUCCGCCACUCUCGGCUGUCUCCCCCAACUCAAGCCCUACGCCAAGUAUCUCCCCGACCCCUUCUUCAGCCAAGGUCUCCAAGCCGUCGAGAACCUCGCGGGCAUCGCCAUCGCCCGUGUCAGCGAGCGUCUCGAGCGCGGCGGUGAUUCCACCCGCAAGGAUCUCCUAGCUCGUCUCAUGCAGGGCCGCGAUGAGAAGGGCGAACCUCUUGGUCGUGAUGAACUCACCGCUGAAGCUCUUACUCAACUCAUCGCGGGAAGUGAUACUACUUCUAACUCUUCUUGUGCGCUGCUGUAUCAUAUUGUUAGAACUCCUGGGGUUAUGCAGAGGCUUUAUGAGGAGAUUUGCGCUGUUGUUCCUGAGGACGUUGCCAUCCCUGACUAUGAGUCCGUCAAGCAUCUUCCCUAUCUCGGUCACUGCAUCAACGAGACUCUGCGCAUUCACUCCCCGUCUGGUAUCGGUCUGCCCCGUGAGAUUCCCCCCAACCACAAGGGCGUUACUCUCCACGGACGGUACUUUGGCCCCGGUACUGUUCUCAGCGUGCCUACUUAUACGAUCCACCACUCUACUGAGAUCUGGGGCCCUGACGCUGAUGAGUUCAAGCCUGAGCGUUGGGAGAACUUGACUGAUAAGCAGAAGAAUGCUUUUAUCCCCUUCAGCUAUGGUCCUAGAUCUUGUGUUGGAAGGAACUUGGCUGAGAUGCAGAUGAGACUCAUCGCUGCCACUUGGAUCAAGCGAUAUGACGUUCGCUUGAGACAGGAUAUUAUGGAGACUAGAGAGGGAUUCUUGAGGAAGCCUAUGGGACUAGAUGUCGGAUUGGCGCGACGAUGA